AUGGCGGAUUCAUCGAAGAAGAAAAUCAGUAGAAGCGCAGUAAAACAUAAAGCUUGGAGUCUCGUGAGGAUGGCUCUUCUCUGGGGGAGAAAAGGUGGAGUUUUCAAAAGAUGGCCUUUGUUCGAACUACGUAACUUGCUCUCCAAGCAUCUCAAAGCCCUAGCUCAUCAUAAUAAUGGUGACAGCUACCUCUCCCGUUACGGUGAACGUCAGCUUUCUUUUGAUGAAACACCGUUAUUUAACGUCAAGAAGAAGAUGCCUCGUCCCACGUCUCUCAGGUCCCUCCUCCCCUGCAUUGCUCCUCCUGUAGAGUUUGGCUAUGACUUUGAAAUGGACGGUGAAGAUGAUUCCGAUGAGGUGAGAUCGUACGGUUACGAUGAAUCUUAUACGGAAGAGUGUGAUCGCACCACGGUGAAGGAUGAUGAGGAAGAAGAGAAAGGGGUGGAUGUGAGAGCAGAGGAGUUCAUUGCUAAGUUCUAUGAGCAGAUCAAGUUGCAGAGACAAAUCUCUUAUUUGGAAUACAAAGAGCACAACGACGUCGUAACAUUAUAG